GUUUACAUUGCACGGAUGCCAGUCGUUAGGCGUUACCUUGGCAACUCUACUCGAAUUACUCAUGACUACUUCAUCAUACUUCUCCACAUGGAUACUAAUUAUAGAGCAAAUAUCGGCAAGUGGCUGCCACCUCCAGGUGAUGUUCUCGAGAAAUGGUUCGCCAACUCGUCGAUGCUUACAAAACGUAUAGACAACCUCGUAGAAGCCAUAGCUUUAAUCAUCCAGGAUAUUACAAACGCACAGUCCUGUGAUUUCGAGGUGUAUAAAAAAAUUGCAAACGAUUUAGAAGAGAGGACGAAAGAGUACAAAUCACUCAGUACAAUGAGCCUUAGUACACAUCCAAUUUAUAAAUAUAAGAUGUAUCAUUUUUUGACGAUGUUAAAACGAAAGCUGAACGUGCUCGCGAGAUUUACUCGCAAUUUGAUAAACGAGAUCGUUGAUUGUAAGAGCGAUGAACUGCUUAGAAUUAUUUUCAGGUUGGUGAACAUUUACAACGAUAUACUAGACAUGGAUAUUGACGUUUCUGAUCCCUCGACAAAUGUAUUCUGCAACGAUUGUCCAUAUAUGUUGGAACCGAUGAAGAAGAUAUCCGUUACGCGAAUAUUACAGGUGCUGGCCAAAAAUAGAGCGGAAGAAUCCUGCCACGAACUUAUUGACUGCCUUUUAGCAAAUUACGAGCCUCACGAGAAAACUGAUCCCUCUUCAGCGAUGUCUGGCGACGUCGAUGUUUCCGAAAAUUCUAGUAUCGAGAUUUAUCGAGCGCUUACGAGACAUUUGACACCGCCGAUCGAAAAUACCAUCUCGAAAACGGAGGCGGAAGUAUCAAACAUCGAGAGUAUUCAGACAUUGGUCAAUUCUCAAAACGAACAGGUGCUCAGACUGUUAAAUAUCGUGCAAGAAGUUUCACCGAAAUUAUUGGGCACUGAUGCAUUAAAAACUAGCAAAGGAGAAACAAGAUUGAGAAGCAGCGCAAUAAAGAAGGUGAAAAAUUAUUAUCAAGAAGUUGCGUGGGGUGCUUUAUCAGGCAUUCUGGAUCAUGUGGUCCUAUGGUGGUCCCCAGAAGCUCUCGCUACUCGUCAUAAUCAUGGAGCACAGCAGCUCAAAGACUGGCUUAGUCAAUUUAUCCAGAAGAAUCACGUACCUCAAACGGUGAGACCAGCGUUACAGAAUCUUUGCGAUGCACUUGGUUGUCAUGCUACAAUCACAGAAUGGGACCAGUUAUUUAGACUGGCUUAUACAUCAGCUUUCAAGUAUCAGUCUAAAGCUUCUACCACGGAGGGAUCUGACACGGGUCAAAUGUUCGUAGAGCUGUUUCAGUUGCUCGUUAGGUUGAGCAACGAGUGCGAGGCAGGUGGUGAAUGGGUGAUAGGAGCACCGUUGAUGGAAUUACCGUUAUCGGAACAGAUCGUCGUUCUUCAUCGGUUAGAUCAUUCGGUACACACAGCGAGAUUAUGGAUUGUGCAGGAGGCGAAAAUCAUAGCUCAUACAUGGGAACUGGACGUGUUCUUUCUUUUGGUAAAAGGUGAUAUUGUGAAUUGCCUCGAAGAACUUUCUUAUUUAAAGUUGGCCGAUCAUACGAAUACAUUAUCGACAAAUUCUGUGAGUGUUCAGGUAUACGUUUGUGCGAAGAUGAGAGCGAAAAUCGUGUCUGAAGUGAACGUCAAUAUAGAUUUGCUACAGAAAUGUUCUGCGAAAUGCGUAGAUAUUCUGGCAAAAAUUUGUCGCGUGGUCAGUCUGGCGAACCUGCACAUGUGUUUUCCACGAUCGAGUUACUGGAGGAAAGGAAGCGACGUCGCUCCAGUGGCCGCUAGUCUUUAUGUGGAGCCUUACUUUGAGAAAGUAUUACUCCCAGUGUUGGAAGUUAUCGAAGAUCCUGAGACAUCGAACAUGAUUCUAAAAAUUAUGUGUGAAGCGUGGUUGGAUUACAUCUAUCUGCAUCGUAUUAAAUUUAGUGAAUAUGGUGCUUUGCAACUACUCACGGACUUCGCAUAUGUAUCGAAAUGGGUGACAGAUUGCCCCAUCAUUUCUCAGAAUGUACGAGAUCAAUUGCUGAAAAACGAAGUGCUACGACGAUGCGAAGGAGUGGGGCGAUUGCUCCUCCGACACCCUGGCGAGGCAAUUUCUAUGCGGAAAAGACUUACCAGAAGGACAAACGAGCGUGGAUCACCCGAAUCCCCGGGAUUGGAACGCAUGCCAGCGGAAAUGUAUGUCCCCAACCAGGAACAAUGGCUGGAGCUUCGUGCCUCGAAAAGAUACAAUUUUUGUUGCACCGAAUAACACCAAAACACGUUUCAACGAAAUUGCUAUUAAAUUCAUCAUAAAAUUUCAGUAUUUAAA